AUGGGCGGCGAAACCAUCUCUGGAAGUUCCCGAAUGAAAGGCGGUUCCGCCAAUUUUGAUAAAAUUCCACUCACGGCGAAAGUCGUGGAAGAAAUCGUGGGGGCGUUCGGUCAAGCAAUCUCUGAUCUUUAUGUGAAAAAUUCAUCGAGUCUCGCGAAAUUGAUUGACCAUUUUGGUAAAAGUCUUAAAUUGGAUGCUUCCGUCAGGUAUUUGGCGGAAGAAGAGUUUGGUGUCCUUGGGCUCAUCGAUGCGAGCGAGUGUCCACCGACUUACGGAUCGCGAUUUGACGAUGUCAGAGGAUUUAUUUUUAAAGGCUGGGAAGUUAUGGACAAUAGAGAGAGUCUCGAAUCUUUCACCAAAGACAUCGAUGAGACUAAAAUCUCAUUUAAUGACUGCAGUGAAAGGACUCAAAGCGACGAAAAUCUCCACGUUAUUGUGAAUGUUUCUGAGAGCGACGAAUUCUCCAAAGCUACAGAGGCAUUAAGACGAAAGAUAUCUGGCGAAUGUCUUACAAUCCAAGACGAAUCAACGCCAGAAGAUAACCCGAUGAGCUUAUCGUUCCUACUAUUCGAUCAAGCUGACGCCCAACUGACUGAGCUGAAAGGAGCUUCGUCGUUAAUCAAGUUGCUUCAGCAAUUCGUUCGUCAUCUCCAGUUCAAGCUCAUUUUGAAUGCGGGCUCUACUGGUGGCCAUGUUCUCAAAGGCAAGGUCGCUAAGAACCGAAUGAUUGAUGUCAAAGUUUCCAACUCGAAGUUGCUCGAGCGAGGAACUGGGAUCGUUGAAACAUUCGCCAGUUGCAAAAAAGAUGUGGCGUUCACCUCGAUCUUGAAAGUAAUCCACGAUACGGACAACCUUCCUGAUGCGCUUUUGAACGAGGAAGAGACUUUCCACAUCAAAAAGGCCACUCCUAUGAACAAUAUUAUACCACGAGCGAUUCUUUUGUCUUCAAACAGAGCUCAAACAGUUGCAGAAGCCACAAGAAUUCUGAAAGAGAAUCCAGUUAUCAGAAACGCGAUUCUCAAAGACUAA